CUUCUCAAUAAAAUUAAAAAUAAACCAUUCAACCCUUCAACAUCGCUACAUUGUCCCCUUGUGUUUUGUCUUUGAUAAUAGUUGUCCAUCACUCACUCACUCAUAAAACUCUCUUUCAUUCUUCCUACAAAUGUAGUCGGUAGCAAAUACACUGUACUAACAUCAAUAUUUCCAUCAAAAACAAACAAAUCAAUCAAUCAAAUGGUAUUUAUGGAUCUAAAUGAACUAAGAAAGCGAUUUUCACCUUCUAAACCUCAUUUCACUAACUCCAUUGAUGAUUCUUCUCGACCUCAAAUGUCUCGACCUUUUUUCUCCUUCAAUUUCAUAGCCUCUAAUCUUAUUAAAACUUUCGCUGCUCUUCUCAUUAUCUUGCCUGUUUUAGCUACUUUAUCUUUCGUUUAUCGCGCACCUCAAUCGGAUCAUCGUCUUUCUUCUCAUUUUGCUGAUGCUAGGGUUUUCGAUCGUAACUCAUCGCAUUCAUUUGAGUCAUCACAUGCCUCUGUGGAAGAUAAUCUGGCGGAUGACAAAUUGCUUGGUGGACUUCUGUCCUCUGAGUUUGAUGAUGCGUCCUGCUUAAGCAGAUAUCAAUCUUUCAUGUACCGGAAGGUAUCACCUUUCAAGACUUCAACUUAUCUUCUCUCUAAGCUACGGAAGUAUGAAGAGCUUCACAGGCGCUGUGGACCUGGUACUCAAGCAUACACUGAAGCUCUUCAACAACUGAAGUCUGGCAACCAGAGUGCUGUGCCUACAGAAUGUAAAUAUGUGGUCUGGAUAUCAUACAGUGGCUUGGGCAAUAGAAUUUUGACAGUGACAGCAUCUUUUCUUUAUGCUCUUCUCUCAAAUCGGGUGCUGCUUGUUGACCCAGGAACUGACAUGACUGAUCUUUUCUGUGAGCCAUUUCCAAGUACCUCAUGGUUUUUACCUCAAGACUUCCCUUUAAACAAUAAAUUCAAGGGUUUUCACCAGAAAUCUCCUAGAUGCCAUGGUCAUAUGCUGCAAAAUAAGCUUUUAAAUGCCUCAGAUGGAGAAUUACCUGUACCAUCGUAUUUAUAUCUUCAUCUGGGUCAUGAUUAUAAUGACCAUGACAAGCUUUUCUUCUGUGAUGAAGACCAAACUCUUCUUGCGAAAGUUCCGUGGCUGUUAUUGAGAACUGACAAUUACUUUGUCCCUUCUCUUUAUUUGAUCCAAUCAUUUGAGCAAGAACUAUUUAAAUUAUUUCCUGAAAAAGUAACCAUAUUUCAUCAUCUUGGUCGCUAUCUUCUCCACCCAACUAAUCAAGUUUGGGGGUUGAUUACAAGGUAUUAUAAUGCUUACUUAGCCAGGGCAGAUGAGAGGAUCGGAAUCCAGAUCAGGACAUUUGAGGAGGGACCAGGUCCGUUCCCGCACGUAAAAGAUCAAAUUCUGUCCUGUAUAUCCAAGGAGAAAUUACUCCCUGAAAUCAGCAAGGACUAUUCAUCUUUCAGUUCAUUGAAGAACCCAAGAUCCAUAGCAGUUCUCACCACAUCCUUGGAUGCAGGAUACUCCGAAACUCUGAAAGAAUUGUACUGGGAACAUCCAACUGUUACUGGAGAAGUGGUUGGAUUUUAUCAGCCAAGUCAUGAAGGGUUUCAACAAACAGAGAAGAAGUAUCAUAACAGGAAAGCCUGGGCAGAAAUGUAUCUGCUUAGUUUGAGUGAUAAGUUGGUGACAAGUGCGUGGUCUACUUUUGGCUAUGUUGCUCAAGGUCUUGGAGGGUUGAAGCCAUGGAUCUUGUACAAGCCAGAGGACAAGAAAACCCCAGAACCGGCUUGUGGUCGAGCCAUGUCUAUUGAGCCUUGCUUUCACGCGCCACCCUUCUGGGAUUGCAAGGCAAAGACAGGUAUUGAUACUGGUAAGCUCGUGCCUCAUGUAAUACAUUGCGAGGAUAUCAGUUGGGGUCUUAAGGUGGUUGAUGGCCGUGAAGAGUUAUAGGUCAGAUUAGGCAGUCAAAAUACUAGUUAGUGAUAAAUUAAAUUUCAUGAAUGAAUUAUUUCAUUUGAAAAAACAUCGUGACCCUGGGAUUCUGGAGAUGUAUAAAGUUGCAGUUUCAAUUGAUAUUGUACAUGUAGUAUCGCGUGAACAUGGCCAACUUGGGCAUCAAUUGUUAUAGCGGAGUUGAGGUCAUAAAGGCAGAGGGAAAUUAGUUUUUCACAGGUAAUAAAACCCUGUUUCUACCAUUUUCUUUCCUAUUCUGUGCUGAUCACUUAAUGCAGUUCUCCUAAAUUGGUUACUGGCAGUUGAAUGCUGACAUUGAAAAGGUCUUUUGCCGUUCUUUUGGUGGUGUAAAGACGAGCUUUUCCUGCAAUCAUGAGGUUCAGAGACCACCUCAUCUUCUGUGGUCCUUACUGCAUUAAACUGUAUGUGCCAGUACUUUUGGCGAACAUUCGAUACGUACUUAAUGAUAUGGAUGUUUUAUUUAGUUAGAUAUGUCUAAUGGUACGUACUGUGAAUUUAUAAAUGCCUGUCUUCUUCUGUCCGAGAUCAAGUGUCAAGGGUUUUGUGUUCCUUUUUUUCAUGGGGCAACGAAGUUGGUGUGUUUAUGGUGCAAUCCUUGCUGCCCUUCACUUCAGUUACUAAGUUGCUUUAGAGAUCAUAAAAAGGCAAAUGAAGUAAUCAAAUCUUCGGAACUCAUUUUCUUUUUAUCUUGUUGUAUUCGAACUUUACUUUAUUUAGUUGAAUUGAACUCAUUUUUUGUUGAAUUGAUUUAUUUUUACUAAAUUCUACUUAUAUUUGCUGAA